CUUCUGUUGCUUGAAUCAGCCAGCAGCUCCGUUCCUGACGUGAGUUUUUGUUGAACUGUCCCGUCUAUCCACCUUUUGACUGAGUAGUCCUCAGUCAUGGUUCAGUACAGUACUUCGAUGAGAUUUUUUGCCUCCAUCCAUCGUCACUUCCAAUCCCCUUAGCCUUUAUUUUGUUCUCUUCUUUCCGAAACGACUUUCUCUUCCUAGCCGAUUCCUCGUUCUCUUUGACUCUUGUCACGUUACGUGCUUUCUCGUUAGUAGACUCAACGCGUCGUCUUCGCCAUAGUUCCGUAGGCUGCCGUUCCGUUCCUUGUCUGCGUGCUUUCCGCGUGCUUUCGGAAGUGCCGUGAAAUAUGCGUGCUCCUAGUCGCUGCGAAUCGUCGCACGAUGCUGAAAUAACCAUGACCCGUGACGCGUCAAAAACGGAUUUCUGCGUCGUCCUUGCCAUGCUGUGUGCAAGAGAAUUUUGAGAAUUCUAAAAAAUUCCAUGCUGUGUGCAACUCUCCCCCUUUCUUUUACCAUUCCGUUCAUUUUGCUCGUUUUGGUGUUGUAUUUCCCCUUCCAUGUUUUCCAGGUUCCAACGGCGGGAGAUUAUACGGCCGCUUAUUUAUGGUCGUUCGUACGCCAAAGUUUGCUCUCCCGCACUAACGAGAUCAGCUGUCCAGUCUUAGCACAAAAAAACGGUUGUUUUGAGAGUCGUUUCUUAAGAGAACCGCCCAGAAAUACAGCUAGCGGAUUCCCUUUCGCACCAAUCGGGUUAACGGGGGUUGUGGGUGGUGGGUUCCGACCGGAGGUUUCUUGAGUGGUGGAGUUGCGACCGACGGUUUUGUAAGUGUGGGGGUUGCGGACCAGCCAUGGCGACGGCAGCCGAUGGCGGACCCGCUUCUCCUCUUGAUUCUUCUCCUCUUCCCCCUCCUGGUGGCUCGAGUCAAUCACAGCAACCUAAUCUGCAGCAGUCUCCCACUCAACCGAAGCAGGAGCAGCUGCUACAGCCACAGGAGCUGCUACAGCCACAGGAGCUGCUACAGCCGCAGCAUCUACAACAGCCGCUCACUCCCGUUAUAGUCCCGCCUUCCAUGGGUACUCAGCCGCAGCAACAGCAGCUGCAGCAGCAUCUGCAGCAGCAACUGAUUCACCAGCAGCAGCAGCAGCAGCAGCAGCAGCCGAUGCAGCAGCAAGUUCUGACGCUCCCCGUAAUCCAACCCCUGGGUCCGGCGAUCUUCCGCGAGGGAAAUUCCUGCAUGGAGUGCGGCAACGCCAGCAAGCGCGACUGCCCGUACCGCCGCUGCCGCACGUGCUGCAAGGCGCGCGGGUACAACUGCUCCACGCACAUCCGCAGCACGUGGGUGCCCGCCGCGGAGCGCAGGAAGCGCGAGCUGAUGGAGUCGGCCGCGCGGGCGGCGGCGGCGGCGGCGGGCGCGGGUGGGGCAGCGUCUCUGCCCCUUCCGCCGCGGACGAAACGGGCGCGAGGGAGCGGGUCGCAGUCGCCAGUGGCAGGACCCAUGCCUACGACUUACCAUGCUGCCGCUGCCACCGCUGUCACUACUGCUGCUGCUGGUGCUGGUGGUGCUAUCUCUUCUGCUAUGCUACCUGCUGCUGCGUCAGCGCCUGCUGCUGCUCUGGGUGCUUUGGGAAACUCGAGCUUUUUUCCGGCCAGUGGGGUGUCCACACCUGUCAUGGCUCAGUCGCCUGCGCGAGGGCCGGUAGCGUCUGUGGUGGUGCCCAUUCCCCAGGCGCAGGUGCCGGCUCAGGUGCCUUCUCAGGUGUCGAUUCAAGUGCCUGGCCUUGUGCCCAGUCAGGGGCAAGUGCAGGCGCUGGCGCAACACCAGCAGCAGCAGCAGCAGCAGCAAACAGGAGGAGCAGUGCCGCUGCUAGGUGCACAGACGGGUAUGCAAGCUCAGGGUCAAGCUCAAACCCAGUCACAGUCACAGCAAAUGCUCCUGGUUCCGUCUGAAUACCAGCAACAGGCGGGGCUGCAACCAGCUCAGACUCCCGUGCAGCAGCAGCACCAGUUGCAGCAGCAGCAGCAGCAGUCGUCGCAGCAGCCAUCAAUGCUGGCUCUCCCGGACACACCAGCGCAACAGACUCAAGCCCUUCCGGCCGAGGUGGUGGUUCAGACGCUCCUGAGGAGUGUGCGGGUGACAGGCAUCGUGGACGGGCACUUUGAGUUCGGCUACCACGCCAGUGUCAAGAUCGGCGGCCAUAUCUUUAAAGGGGUGCUCUAUAACGCGGGCAUUGACCCCAACCCGCCCCAGACCCUCCCUGCUUCCAAUCUGGCUGCUCCGACUGGUUGUAUGGCUGGAGCUGCUGUUUCUAAGGCUGCUGCUUCGACGGCGGCUGCUGCCACCGCUGCUGCUGCCACUGCUGCUGCUGCUGCCGCUGCUCCUGCGGGUUUUUUUCCUGCUGCUGCUGGUGCUCCUGCCAAUACUGCUGGCCCUGCUGCUGCCGGUGGUGCUGCUAGUUAUGCUGCUGGUACUGACGCUGGUUCUGCAGCUGGUGCUGUAGUUAUUACUGACGCUGCUGCUGCUGCUGCUUGUACUUCUGCUGCCACCUUGCCGUCUGCUGCUGGGGGACUCUUACUCGGCACUGUAGCUCCGUCCACUCCCACACGUGCUGCCGCCCCCUCCCCCUCCCUCAUGACACCCCUCUCUGUCCCACCCUUUUCAGCAGCAGCCACUGUUGCCACUGCUGCUGCUGCACCAGCUGCUGUUACUUCCGCCACUCUACCCUCCUCAGCCGCCUCCCCUUCUUUCAUCGCCAGAACAGGCCCGCCGUUGCAAGUGCCCAGGCUAGGCUCGGCAUUGCUCAUGCCUAGAUUAGGCUCGGCAGGGAAUCCCCUGGCAGGCGCGCCUCCCUUCCCCCAUCCUCCUUGUACUGAAUCGCAGCAGUCCCCCUUGAGCUUUGUCCAGUCAAUUCUGAAUCCGGGCGCUGCAGCAGCAGCAGGCGGGGCGGCAGCAACAGCAGGAGCAGCAGCAGCAGUGGCAGGAGUAGCGGGAGCAGCAGGAGCAGCAGGGGUGGCAGGAGAAGGGACAGCAGCGUCGGCCACACCAUCACUCCUACGGGCACCAGGGCCGGCACCAGGACCAGCACCAGCACCACUUUCGUCUGCCCCUCGGCUCACCUCCUCCGCCUCCUCCCCUGUUGUCAUCUCCGUCCCGAUCCCCAACUUCAGCCCCUCCCCUUUGCUGCAAAUCCCCAAGCCAUCCCCUUCCCGGGGACCUGUCCAUGUUCAGAGCCCCUCGCUCCCCCCGCAGUCUACUGUCCAGAUUCCAGGCAGUUGUAUUGCCUCCAUGCUAGGGGCAGUGGUGGCGGCAGCAGCAGGAAGCAAGCAGAAGCUAGAGCAACACCAACAGCAGCAGCAACAGCAACAGCAACAGCAACAGCAACAGCAACAGCAACAGCAACAGCAGCAGCAGCAGCAGCAGCAGCAGCAACAGCAACACCAGCAACAGCAGCAACAGCAACACCAACAGCAGCAGCAGCAGCAGCAACACCAACUGCAGCAGCAGCAGCAGCAAACAGCAGGUCAGCACAAUCUCGUCCUACCCAGCAUCGGGAGUGUGGCAGGAGAUUCGCAGCAGGAGCUGAAGCCUCUUGUGCAGGCACAGGCACCAACACAGCAGCAGCAGCAGCAGCAGCAGAAGCAACUGCAACAGCAACAGAACCAACAGCUGUCCACCCUCUCUGUCCCCAUCGCUGGUGCAGAUGUGACUCCUGCUGCUGUUCCGGCUGCUCCUUCUCGUGCUGCUGCAGAUACGGCUACAGCUGCUGCUACAGCUGCUGCUACAGCCGCUGCUACCCUUGCUGCUACAGAGGCUGCCUCCUCUGCUGCUACAGGUGGUGCUACAGGUGCUGUUGCAGAUGCUGUUACGGAUGUUGCUACAGGCACCGCUACGGGUGCUGCUACAGAUGCUAUGGGUGCUGCUACAUGCACUGUCAUUGAUGGGGCAGCAGGAGCACGGGGAGCAACUGAAAGACCAACAUUAGGGCCUUUGGAUUCUGCUGCUGCUGCUGCUGCUGCAUCAGCAGUCGUUGCUGCCGCUAUAAGCGCUAUUGAAGCUGGUACAGGUACAGCCAUUGGGAUUGAGGAUGGGGUUGGUACUGAUUUGACAAGGACUAAUACUGGGAUUGGAGUCUCUCUUAAGGAGCAUGGUCUGUGUGAGGCUGGAACUGCUGGUUCCAGUGGCACAGAUGUGGGUCAAGCGGCUGAUGACCUUGCUGUGAUGGAAAUGUGAGGUUGCAGUUGUGUUACGAGUGCGACGGGGCUUACUCUACUCUUCAUUGGAGUCUCUCUUGGCGAGGACGGUUUGUGCGAGGCUGGGACUGCUGGUUCCAGUGGCACAGAUGUGCUGAUGAACUUGCAGUGAUGUAAAUGUGAGGUCGCAAUUCUGCUACAAGAGUAACGGGGCUUGCUCUACUCUCCUCUGGAGUUUUUUAACGAGGAUGGUCUGUUCUAGGCUGGAACUGCUCGUUCCACUGACACUGGUGUGAGCUAGGGGACCAAUGGGUUUCCUGUGAUGUAAAUGUGUAAUUGAGAAAGCUUGCUACUUGUAGUGCAAAUGGCCUUGUUC